AUGGCGUACCUGACCAUGACGCCCGACGAUAUCCAGGGCGACUACUCGUGCUCAGUGAACGUCGAGGAGUACCGCGUAAGUAGCCACAAGAAGGUCGAGUACAAGGUCGUGGUCCAGCUGUCGUUCUACUCGUCGCGGGCACACGCCACUGGUCGCACGAGUUGGCACAUUUGGCGCAGUUUCUCCACGUUCCGACAGCUCGACGAGCAGCUCCGCAAGCGCAGUGCAGCGCUCAUGAAAGGCGUCAAGUUCCCGCCACUGUAUCGUCGCCGGGCGCUGUUUCGGGCCGACAAGAGCCUCGCGUUCCUUGGGGCACGGGCUCGUGAGCUCGACAAUUACAUGAACGUCGUGACGCACAAACCGCAGCUCGUGGCGUUCCACGUGGCCGCCGUGAGCAGUCAGACGCUCAAGACCUUUGUGGGCUUCACCGCGGGCUUUGGCGCGAACGCGCAGUACGACCAACAGGAUGUGCACCUUCGGCCGUCGUCGUCGCUCUUGGCGUCGUCGGCGGUCACACAGGCGACGGCCAGUGUCAAGGGCGACGACGAAGACGACUUUCGCUCGGUCUCGAGCGUCUCGACCGUCUCUUCGUUUGCAUCGAUGGCCAGUGACUAUCGCUGGUCGGGCACGGGCUUCGUUGGCAGUCAAAGCUAUGCACGCUAUACGGGACCACAGCCACACAUGGGUGGAGGCAGCACGUCGUUCACGAGCAGUCAGAGCUCGUUUGCAGGCUCCGUAGGAUCGUCGAGAGGAAGCUGGUUUCCUGCAUCGUCAAGUGUGUCGAAUACCUCUGGACGCGGGUCCGUGGCGUCGGUCCCGCGAAGACCAAUGAUGGCGGCGACAGCGUCCGAUGUCAUUACGCCAGAGCUGGACAUGCAGAGAGCAAAGAUGGAGGACCGACUUGUGCAAAUGGGACUUGUGGGCGUCGGCAUGCCACCCGAUGGCUCUUGUUUGCUGCACUGCAUCGUGUACGAGAUGUACCCGCUGCAGUGUCUGCGGGACUACCCGGCAAGUAUGACGGUAGUGAAUGUUGGCGCUGCGGACGGCAUGGCCCCUCGACGGGUGGCCGCUGCGCAAUUUUUGCGCGUCAAGUUGAUGGAGUACGCGCUCAAGCACAUUGACAAACUAGCGGGCUUCCUCAUGCAGGACGUGGACGACGUGCAAGAGCGGUACGAGACUUUUCGAAACACAGUGGACGAGCAGGCUACGACAGCCGAGUUGUAUGCAGUGGCGAGCAUGUUUAACGUCGAGCUCGUGCUGAUUUCGAACGACGAGGGGUUCCUGAUUGACCCUGUGGUCCCAGUAGAAGGUCUGCCGUCAAUACGCGAAGGUCCGCGGCGUACCGUCACACUAGGAUACCUCAUCCCGGCCGAUGGACUGGCGGGCCACUACAUUUGUACACGCGAGAAGCGGGCUCAAACCGGCAUGGCUCAAAACACGUUUGCCGGGGGAAGUUAUCGUGGAUCGAUCCACAUUGGACCGCCGAAGGGUAUGAGCUGUGGCGCUUCGAGCAAUCGGCGCUUUGAGCGGAUUCCGGAGCAGAGAGUUGAAUAG